AUGCCACAUUAUCAAGCUUCGGGAUUAAAAAAAACUUCUGCGCAUCCCCGACAAGCGGCUUCCAAUACAACACGCGAAAACGAGACAGCACGAGAUGAUGGCAUUUCUCUCAAGUCUAUAAAUCUCCUUCGUUUUCAUCGACAGCAACUCAGUUUCUCGAAUGACACGAAUGAAAAUUCAAGUGCCAUCAUACAAGCAAUGUUUCAGCAUGCUUUUCAAGCAAAUCAUUUACAAAAUGGUGAGUAG